AACUCAUUAUCACCCUUCAUACCUAUUCUCGAUCGGAAUACCAUACCAAAGGAUCGUCUUGGAUAGCCGUUCGCAUCUCGAUCGCAUUUGAGCCUGCCAGCGACAUAGCACUCCUCUACUUACCAAGGACGUCAAGCCAUUGGCGACCAUCAGUCUGAUAUACUCGAACGAUUCACGAUAGUCCUCAAACCAAAACCACUGGUUUACUAGACCAGUUACUUGAACAUCAUGCCCGACCCCGACUCGGAUGGUUUCUACCACUGGUUCCCCUUGGGCAAGAACAUCAAUCCGGGAUGGAGUUUCGAUGUCAUCACGCUGCUGGCCAUCAUUGGCGAAGGCAGCGUUGCUGAAUUCGCCCAAACCAUCACCGCCAGCUCUCUCUGCAUGCUUCCGCGCCUGAUUCCCGCGCCCCAGGCCCUGCUCCGUCCGCAGCGGCCCCAGCGACUGCCCGAAGUCCACGCCAAACUGGCAGGCGUCUACGGCGGCACUCUCCUCGACUCUGUCGGCUUCUUUGCCAACAUUCUGCACCCACUUGACGAGUACAGGGCGUUCGACUUUAGAGUGUUCGAGAUCAAGCACACACAUCUCCUCAAGGCCGACUUCAGCAGACGGCUGGAGAAGGAAGGCUUUCUGGGGACCGUUUUCGGUAUCCGAUGGCUUAAGAGAAAGAAGGCGAAGAAGCAGGAACAAAAGAACAGUGAGAUCACAAUCAACAACACAAGAGAGAACGGCGCAAACGGUUCGGGAGCCCACGAAGUCAACACCGAUACAACCGCAGACGCAGACGCAGAUGCCGUCAGGAGGCGAAACGGCACCAACAAGCACGUCACCCUCGACGUCGACCCGGAGCACGGCGACCAUGUCCCCACGCCCGGCAUCAAUCGCCAACCGACCAUGUCCGAGCGCAUCACCGACAUCGUCACCGCGCCCAAGAUGAUGACCCCCCAACGCGUCGCCAGCAGCCCCAACGCGCGCUACACCGUUCCCCCCGCCCUCGACUCGCCCAUGCACGUCAUCAACGUGUUCUCCUUCCUCAUCACCGUCGCGAUCCUCAUCAUCUCCGCCUACUGGAACGACGGCGCGGCCGUGACCGCCAUCGUCACCAUCUCCGUCGCCGCCUCCGUCAUGGGUUACGCAUCCUGGUGGUACCCGCUUCUCAUGGCGCGACAAGCCAACGCCAAGGUGCCACCGGGCGACGUGGUCAUCCGCACGCGCGAGGGCGCCUUCUUGGUAGUGAAAUGCACCGAGGAAGUCGCGCGCGAGCUGUACCAGGGCACGGAAGAGUGCCGCUACGUCUCCACGAAAUACCACCGUCUGUUCAUGGGCAUCGCCAUGGUUUUGCUCAUGGUGGCCGUGGUGCUGUUGGGUAACUGCCGGUGGUCGUCCCAAGCCUUGAUCGGCGGCGCUUACGUCUUGUUAAACAGCAUCUACUGGGUCUGCGGCCUGCUGCCGCAGCGCUUCUUCUGGGACCUGUCGCGGUAUACAAUCACGGACAUCACGCCCGAGGACGUCAAGAGCAACAAUGAUAAUGACGUGCCGCCCAAUUUUACGAGGACGCUCUGGUACGCCAUUCGCGAGACCAAGAAGGACGCGUGGGUUGAUCGGUCCGGUGCCCUGCCCGGCACGCUUCAAUGGAAGAAGUGGCUGGAGGAGGCCCUCAAGGCCGCCAACGAGGGGAACUAUAAUUGGGAUGCGGUGGGAAGGAAGGAUGUGAUCAUGAGGGAGAAUCCGGAUGCGUAUGUGAGCAGGGAGCCGUCGAAUCUGGUGAAGCACCAUCAGAGUGGGCAUUGGCCGAAUGAUCCGGCGGCGCAGAAGGCGCCGUUGGAUCAAGUGCAGCCGUCGCCUUAUCAGCAUCCGUGGGGAGCGUUGUUGUGAGGGGUUUCAUGAUUCCUGGAGUCUCUGAUGUUUUUUGGAUGGUCAUCUUUUGUUUUCGGUUUGGAUAUAAUAUACCUGGUCAUGAUCAACUGGCCGCUUCGAACAGGUAAGUGUUUGGGCUCGAAAUGGUUCUGGUUCUGCAUGACGACUAGACGGCGACAAAAACCGGCACCUGAAGAAAGGUGUUGGAAAAU